AGUCGGAUUCGUAAGCUUGGUUCAUAAACAUGAGCCAACUUCCCUAUCGUAUUCUAGAAGCCUCAUCGUACAUAUAAGGGUCACAUGGACCCUACUAGCUGGGGUCAAACAAAUUUUGCAAUUGGUUGAGCAUAGUUUUUGCCUGCGAUGAAUGGUCAAGCUGAUCAACAGACCUCAACACCCAAACAGAAGAGCCUCCGCUCGGCAUGCGAUACUUGCCAUCACAGCAAGGUAAAAUGCAGCGGGCGGCUGCCAUGCGAGGGGUGCGAGAAGCUUCGGGUGCGAUGCAAAUACAGCAUCUCCAACCGAACAGGAAGGCCAAAGGGGGUCAGAAACAAGAAGACCCUCGAACGUAUCAAGCACCUGAGCAUGAGCUCUGACUCAGCGCCAGAAACGGUGCAGCCUGAAUCCGAUGAAUCUUCCUUCUUUGCUGUACAAAGUAGAAUAAUGCCCAAGGAAACCCCGAACCCUCCCAUACAAUCAGCUGUAUUCCAGCCAUAUUCGGAUCCGGAUCAGCACGCAAAUGCCAGUAUAGUGAAUCCAUUCGAUUUUUUUUCCAUGUCGGAUAUCCCGGGAUAUCUGAAUGCAGGGGUCGGAGAGGUUGGAACCGGUGAGAAACAUGGAACCUGUGGAGACGAGCCCCUGAGUCCUUCUAGCUUCGAAGCCAUCACCACGCACGGAUUUCUUCACACGAUGGAACAAGACAUCCCGUGGCCAACAGACCUUAACCUCUCCUCGGCUGAUAACACCACAAAACCUGUCGGUCCUACAAAAUACGUGAACGACAAAACCACAACAACCAAGCAUGACCGCGACUCAACGUACAGUCAACAAGAGAAACCCUCGAAGGAAGCUCCCUCAUCUCGCUCCCGGACGCCAUCCAUCGGGACCUGUGAUUGCCUACAGCAAUUAGCUGACCAACUCGCGCAGAUCAAGGCCUUGAGCAGGGUUGCCGAGCCACUCAAAGCAGACAGUAUCCUGUCAGUGACGCGGGAAGCCCUCCAUCGCUGGAGACGGCAACUGCAGUGCAAUAUCUGCCAGCAGAAUGACGACAAGGACAUAUUGGUACUUUCUGUAAUGGGGUUUCGGGCCAUUAUAAGUCUCAUACGGAGACUGGGACAGGCUGGGGACAGCUUCUGGAGCUACCAGUACAACACCAACACAACCAUAAGUAACAUCUCACCAAUCGAGCCCAUCGACACCGAUACGUCCUUUCUUGGCAUGUAUGAGCUAUCCCAGGAGGAAAAACGCCUGAUGGCGAAUGUACUGCUUACCCGAGCACUGAGGGACCUCAGUCGGACUGUUGAGGACGUGAAAGCACGAAGCUCAAAACAAUCGUCUCUAGUGCCGACACCGACGAGCAGCGGCAGCAAUGAUGAUAGAAGCACCGGCUCGUCCCUCGGAAUGCAGUUUCCCAUAAACUCCACUCACAUGAUGGAUAUCGAUAAACCCGGGUAUGGUCUGGACAUCGGCCCUGUGAUGGAUAUUCAUAAUAACGAGUAUUUGCAGCGGUCGCUGCAACGCCUGUCCCGUUCUAUUGACUUUCUCUCAGACGCCUUGAAGCAUCCCCAUUACUCCCCUCAGCGGUCUCCUGUAUAAUCCACUAGUUCACUGUUCUUUCGCGUUUGCAGUAUUUAAACUAUACCCAUGUUACUGCCAGCCAGAAUAGAUCAUAUAGAUCACUCGAUUUCAGACCCCCUGCACAAUUUCAACACUUGCAGCGUACCAAU